CGCCGCUGCCGCCGCCGCCGUUGCGCAGAUCCGGGCCGCGGCUGGAGGGGAGGGCGACGGGAGCGGGUGACCUUCCGGAGGCGGGAGCGAGCGCCGAGGCCCGGGGGACGCCGAGCGCCGCCGCCGCCGCCAUGAACAGCUCGGGCGCCGACGAGAUCGGGAAGCUCUUCGUGGGCGGUCUGGACUGGAGCACAACCCAAGAGACGUUGCGCAGCUAUUUCUCCCAGUAUGGGGAGGUUGUGGACUGUGUCAUCAUGAAGGACAAGACCACCAACCAGUCUCGCGGGUUUGGGUUUGUCAAAUUUAAGGAUCCAAACUGCGUGGGGACGGUGCUGGCCAGCAGACCACACACGCUCGAUGGCCGCAACAUCGACCCCAAGCCCUGCACACCUCGGGGGAUGCAGCCGGAACGGACUCGACCCAAGGAAGGCUGGCAGAAGGGAACCAGGAGCGACAGCAGUAAAUCCAACAAGAUAUUUGUCGGGGGCAUUCCUCACAACUGUGGGGAAACGGAGCUGAGGGAGUACUUCAAGAAGUUCGGCGUGGUCACCGAGGUGGUCAUGAUCUAUGAUGCGGAAAAGCAGAGGCCUCGAGGUUUUGGAUUUAUUACUUUCGAGGACGAACAAUCAGUGGACCAGGCUGUCAACAUGCAUUUUCACGACAUCAUGGGCAAAAAAGUGGAGGUUAAACGGGCUGAGCCUCGGGACAGCAAGAGCCAGGCGCCGGGACAGCCAGGUGCCAGCCAGUGGGGCAGCCGGGUAGUGCCCAAUGCUGCCAAUGGCUGGGCAGGGCAGCCCCCGCCCACGUGGCAGCAAGGGUACGGCCCACAAGGGAUGUGGGUGCCAGCCGGACAGGCGAUCGGUGGCUACGGACCCCCCCCUGCCGGCAGAGGGGCGCCCCCUCCGCCCCCGCCCUUCACCUCCUACAUCGUGUCCACUCCGCCCGGCGGCUUCCCGCCUCCUCAGGGCUUCCCGCAAGGCUAUGGCGCGCCCCCCCAGUUCAGUUUCGGCUAUGGCCCUCCACCCCCGCCACCGGAUCAGUUUGCCCCUCCAGGGGUUCCUCCUCCGCCUGCCACCCCAGGGGCAGCGCCUCUCGCCUUCCCGCCGCCCCCAUCUCAGGCUGCCCCAGACAUGAGCAAGCCCCCUACAGCCCAACCGGAUUUUCCUUAUGGCCAGUACGCAGGUUACGGGCAGGACUUGAGCGGCUUCGGACAGGGCUUCUCGGACCCGAGCCAGCAGCCUCCCUCCUACGGGGGCCCCUCGGUGCCGGGCUCGGGGGGACCCCCCGCCGGCGGCAGUGGCUUCGGACGCGGCCAGAACCACAACGUGCAAGGCUUCCACCCCUACCGACGCUGACCGGCCCGGCCGGGCCCAGGACUCGAACUCGUGACAAUCACACUUGGCAGCAACAUGCGACUGGAGCUGGGGGGGCGCGAGGCUUCUGUCGGCGGCUGGGCGUGUCUGGACUGAGGCUUAUCAAUUUCUUUCUUUCUCUAACCCAUCAGCACAAUAAAAAAAAAGUCACUGGUUCACCAACA